CUAUGAACAGCAACGCUGCUUUUCCGGCCUUGGACUACAUUUCCCUUAAGGCUUUGCUGGUCGGCACUCUGCCUCUGUCUCUCCAACGCGAACUUGGCUGCCUCUUUCUGUGACUGUGGCGCUCUCGGGGUGAGUGGUCCUGCCUUGGAAGAUCAGCUCAAGCCUGGUGGGAGGUUUUGAACGGGGACUCCCUCUUUGAAGUCUCCCGUGCUCCGUGUCAAACGAGCCACGCUCAGAUUCCGAAGUACGAGGCCGGCAUCUUGUCUGGCUGGCCUGGAUCUGGACUACGUUUCCCAGAGUCCACAGCGGCCGGACGUUACGUCGCAACGUGGUGGCGAUAUCGUUACUCCGCGGGGACCCGGACGCUACCAAGGGGAGGCAGAAGGACUCCGUGCUUGUCCAAGAGAAGAACCUAGAGAAAUCUGAGCAGGUUGGGUAGUUCUAAAGGCCAUGGCCCAGGGAUUGGUGACAUUCAGGGAUGUGGCCAUAGAGUUCUCUCAGGAAGAGUGGAAGUAUCUGGAACCUGCCCAGAGGGACUUGUACAGGGAUGUGACUUUGGAGAACUUUGGUAACUUGGUCUCACUAGGACUUUCCAUUUCUAAGCCUGAUGUCAUCUCCUUAUUGGAGCAAGGGAAAGAGCCCUGGAUGAUUGCAAAUGAUAUGACAGCACCAAGGUGCCCAGACUUGGAGUCUAAGUGUGAGAAAUUACCACAGAAAGAUAUUUUUGAAGUAGAGACAUUCAAUUGGGAGCUAAUGGAAAGCCUUAAAUGCUGUGGUUUUGAGAGCUCUAGUUUUAGAGAUGACUGGGAAUACAAACGCCAGUUUCAAAGACAACUAAAUCAGGAAUGCUGUUUCAAGCAAGUGAAGAUCACGUAUGAAAACAUACCUACUUUUGAGCAUCAUACAUCGCUCACUCUACGUCAAAGCAACGAGUCCGGUAAGAAACUGAUUGAAUGUGAUGAAUGCGGGAAAGCAUUUAGCCGUGGCUCACACCUCAUUCAACAUCAGAAAACUCACACUGGUGAAAAGCCCUUUGAAUGUAAGGAAUGUGGGAAGGCCUUCAGUCGGGCCUCACACCUUGUUCAGCAUCAGAGAAUUCACACAGGUGAGAAACCUUACGACUGUAAGGAAUGUGGAAAGGCCUUUGGUCGUACUUCAGAACUUACUCUGCAUCAGAGACUGCAUACUGGUGUGAAACCCUAUGAAUGUAACCAGUGUGGAAAGACCUUUAGACAGCAUUCACAACUUAUUUUGCAUCAAAGAACUCACACCGGUGAGAAACCUUACGUAUGUAAAGAUUGUGGGAAGGCUUUUAUUCGUGGCUCACAACUUACUGUUCAUCGGAGAAUUCAUACAGGUGCUAGACCCUAUCAGUGUAAAGAAUGUGGGAAGGCCUUUAGGCAGCACUCACAACUUACUGUACACCAGAGAAUUCAUACUGGCGAGAAACCCUAUGAGUGUAAGGAAUGCGGAAAGGGCUUUAUUCACAGCUCAGAAGUUACUCGGCAUCAAAGGAUUCAUUCUGGGGAGAAACCUUAUGAGUGUAAGGAAUGUGGAAAGGCCUUUAGACAGCAUGCGCAGCUUACUCGGCACCAGAGAGUUCACACUGGUGACAGACCCUACGAAUGUAAGGACUGUGGGAAGGCCUUUAGUCGUAGUUCAUACCUUACUCAACAUCAAAGAAUUCAUACUGGUGACAAACCCUACGAAUGUAAGGAAUGCGGGAAAGCCUUUAUUCGUGUUUCACAACUGACUCAUCAUCAGCGAAUCCAUACUUGUGAUAAACCCUAUCAGUGUAGGGAAUGUGGAAUGGCCUUUAUUCGUAGUUCACAACUUACUGAACAUCAGAGAAUUCACCCUGGUAUCAAACCUUAUGAGUGCAGAGAAUGUGGGCAGGCCUUUGUUCUUGGUGCACAGCUCAUUGAACACUACAGAAUCCAUACUGGUUAGGAAGCUUUGAAUAUUGGGGAUGUAGGAAAGCCUUUAUAUGGUGGUCACACCUGACUUAAUAUUAGGUAAUGCCUAAUGUAUUGUAAUCUCGGAAAACCUUCAUUUGUCACUUCCAUUGUGGAACAUCAGACAACUUAUACUGGAAGAAAAUUUAAUAAAUGUUGUUAUUUUUGCUGUACACUGUUUACUAUGUAUCAGAGAACUUAUGGUGAAAGAAUAUUAAUAUGAAUGUAAAGUCUUCUCUUACCACUCAAAAUGUAUUAAACUGAGAAAUUCUAGUAGAAAAUAACCCUAUUAAAAUAUUUUGUGAAUGUGC